AGGAGUAGGAGUAGUACUACUCCUUUCUUAUUAUCAUUAUUAUUAUUAUUAUUAUUAUUAUAUCCUAUUCUGUCUUUUUCUGUCCUAUUCCUAUACCACUCUUGUCUGAUGAGUUAUCGUGGGUUCCCUUCUUUCUGGUUUUGUUCGGGAGUGGUUUGAAAUUUUCUCUCCCGUCCCGAGAGUUGGAUUCUUGAUAUUCAGACACCAACAUGAUGGAUUCUUAAGAUAUCAGCGAUUCAGCUUCUAUUGAAUUAAUUCGUGGCUUGAACCGCCUGCCCUGCCCUGCGCUGUCAAUUUACACUACACACAGAGAUGGCGUCUGGGGAGGAAUCUGUUCAAGGCAGUGAAACUAAGGGAAGUAUGUGGGUCUUGGAGCAGAAGAUUGAUCAGCCUAUGGAGGAAGAGGCUGGAAGGCUUAAAAACAUGUAUAGGGAAAAGAAAUUCUCAACAAUUUUACUCUUGAGGCUGGCAUUCCAGAGCCUAGGAAUCGUAUAUGGAGAUUUGGGAACAUCCCCCUUAUAUGUGUUCUACAAUACUUUUCCUGAUGGAAUAGAGGAUCCGGAGGAUGUUAUUGGUGCCCUUUCAUUGAUCAUAUACUCCCUUACGCUGGUGCCCCUCCUCAAAUAUGUUUUUAUUGUGUGCAGAGCAAAUGACAAUGGGCAAGGAGGAACCUUUGCUCUGUAUUCGCUACUUUGCAGGCAUGCUAAAGUCAAGAUAAUUCCCAACCAACACCGUACUGACGAGGAGCUGACCACAUACAGCCGUAGCACAUUCCAUGAGCAUUCAUUUGCUGCUAAAACCAAGAGAUGGCUGGAGGCAGAUGCAUUCAGAAGGAAUGCUCUUCUUAUACUUGUACUUGUGGGAACAUGCAUGGUAAUUGGUGAUGGCAUUCUCACUCCAGCUAUAUCCGUUCUUUCUGCCUCUGGAGGGAUAAAGGUGAAGCAACCUCAUAUGGGCAAUGAUAUCGUUGUGCUUGUUGCUGUAGUCAUAUUAGUUGGUUUGUUCAGCAUGCAACACUAUGGUACAGAUAAAGUUGGUUGGCUUUUUGCUCCAAUCGUAUUGUUGUGGUUUCUUAUGAUUGGUGGCAUUGGUAUAUUCAACAUAUAUAGAUACGAUAGUUCAGUUUUGAAGGCCUUCUCACCUGUAUACAUAUAUCGGUUUUUCAAAGGAGGAAAGAAGAAAGGUUGGAAGUCCCUUGGAGGGAUAAUGCUCAGCAUCACAGGAACAGAAGCACUUUUUGCUGAUCUUGCUCAUUUUCCUGUUUCUGCCAUACAACUUGCGUUUACCAUUGUUGUCUUUCCUUGUCUGCUUCUAGCAUACUCUGGGCAGGCAGCAUACCUUAUGCAAAAUCAACUUCAUGUACAUGACGCAUUUUAUCUAUCUAUUCCUGAAAAAAUAUACUGGCCAGUUUUUAUUAUUGCUACUUUGGCCGCUGUUGUUGCUAGUCAGGCCACAAUAUCUGCUACCUUUUCAAUAAUCAAGCAAGCCCAUGCCCUUGGCUGUUUUCCAAGAGUAAAAGUUGUGCACACAUCAAAGAAGUUUCUUGGGCAGAUAUAUGUGCCUGAUAUGAAUUGGAUUCUUAUGGUUCUUUGCAUUGCAGUAACUGCAGGAUUUAAAAACAAAAUUCAAAUCGGAAAUGCUUAUGGUACAGCAGUUGUGAUAGUGAUGCUUGUGACGACGCUUCUCAUGACCCUGAUAAUGUUACUGGUCUGGCACUGCCAUUGGAUGCUUGUCCUCUUGUUCACGGUCUUAUCGCUGGUGGUGGAAUGCAUGUACUUCUCAGCAGUGCUUCUCAAGGUCGAUCAAGGGGGCUGGGUGCCGCUUGUGAUUGCUGCCGCCUUCCUGAUCAUCAUGUACGUGUGGCACUAUGGAACACUCAAGCGCUACGAGUUUGAGAUGCAUAGCAAGGUUUCUAUGGCUUGGAUCUUGGGGCUUGGUCCGAGUCUGGGGCUGGUGCGCGUGCCAGGAAUCGGGCUCGUGUACACGGAGCUAGCCAGUGGAGUACCCCACAUAUUCUCGCACUUCAUCACCAAUUUGCCGGCCAUACACUCUGUGCUGGUGUUUGUUUGCGUGAAGUACCUGCCGGUGUACACGGUUCCGGAGGAGGAGCGGUUCCUGGUGAAGCGCAUUGGGCCGAAGAGCUUUCACAUGUUCCGGUGUGUUGCGAGGUACGGGUACAAGGACCUCCACAGGAAGGAUGAUGAUUUUGAGAAAAAGCUGUUCGACAAUCUCUUUGUGUUUGUGCGGCUGGAGAGCAUGAUGGAAGGGUGCUCGGAUUCGGAUGACUACAGUAGCAUCUGUGGGGCGGGAGAGGAGCCAUUGCCCAGGGGGGGGAUGAUGGGGUAUGGUCAGACGUCAUCGCUGCUGUGUGUUGAAGGGGCGGCGAGGCCGUCAUCGUCGGUGGUGGUGGUGGACUCAAUUGUGCCGGCGGCCGGAUCAGCAGCUGUGGUGCGGCGGGUGCAUGGGAACAGCAGCAGCAUGUCGUUGUCGUCGUCGUCGUGGUCGGGCAGCAGCAACAAGAACAACAACAACAAGAAGGUGGUGCAGGCAGCGGAGAUGGAGAUGGAGAUGGAGGCGGAGGAGGGUGAGGACGAGUUGGAGUUUGUGGGGCGGUGCAGGGAGGCCGGGGUGGUGCACAUAAUGGGGAACACCAUCGUGAGGGCGAGGCGGGAGUCCCGGUGCUACAAGAAGGUGGCGAUCGACUACGUGUACGCAUUUCUGAGGAAGAUGUGCCGGGAGAACAGCGUUAUCUUCAAUGUACCCCACGAGAGCCUCCUCAACGUCGGCCAGAUAUUCAGCGUAUGAUCGCCAUCGCCGCCGUCUGACGCUCCUGUAUCAUUGCAGACAUUACAUACAUACAUCCAUACUGUAUGGAUAAUGGAUAAUAUUCUGUUUCUAUAUUCUAUGUUCUAAUUCUAUUUCUAUUUC